GGCUAACAGAAUUCUUGAACCUUCAUCAAUUUCCAACACCAUCUCAACCCCAACUCACGAAACUCGGACUGAAAAGCGAAAAAGUACUUCAACAAUGGGAUACGACUGUUGCGGUCCACCGGCUCCAGCCACUGAGCCGGUUGCUGCACCAAUCGCGGCUCCAAUUGAGGAGACGAGCAGUUGCCAGGAUUCUUGCUGCGAUGGCGGCGACAGCGACGCCGAGCCUCUCGAAACCAAGGACCCGGGUCAGGGAGAGCCCAACCAGGAUAAACCGGACGAUUGCUGCUCCUCUGGCAAAUGCGCGGACGACAAAGCCAAGGAUGAUACCGACGCGCCUGAUUGCUGCCGUGGCAAGGUAGGCCUAUGUUGCGACACGUCUUGCCUUGACCGCUUGGCUAUGCGGGAAUGCGAGAUGAGUGCUGUCGCUGCCCCCGGAGCAAACGCCCAGACAAAGAUUUGUAGUGGAGCUGCCGACGGCAAGGCAUGCAGCCAGCAUAGCACCUCUGCCCUCGACCGCUAUGGCGCCACUCUCCAGGCCCUGGGAUGCAUCUGCCGUGCUCUCAUUGCUCUCGGCCAGGAAACCUGCUGUGAAAUUCGCGAGCGCCAUUCGCUGGAUGGGAGGCAGUGCUCCAAGAAGUCGUCUGCUCGCUCCCUUCGCACUUCGCUGGAUUCCUGCAGCAGCAGCGGCUCCGUCACGCAGGACCAGGCUGCGCAGAACCGCCUUCGCCUGCGCAAGGGCUCUGGCGAAAGCGUCAAAUCUGCCAAGAAGUCAUCUACGGUUGCCUGCGCAGGCUCUUGUUGCUCCAAGGACAAGCCCGCCAAAGAGCCUUCUAUCAAGGGCAAAUGCUCCAAGUCUUGCUGCUCGGAGGGGAAACCUGCCAAGGAGCCUCCCCACAAGACCAGCUGCGCGGAUUCAUGCUGCUCAAAGGCCAAGCCUAUCGUGGAAGCUGUAACUGACAUCAAACCUUCUGGAUCUUGCUGUGCGAAAGACAAGGUCCCAGUCAAAGAAGCUCCAACAAAGAGCAACUGCCCCGGUUCUUGCUGCUCUGACAACAAGCCUGUCAAGGCUCUAUCCGUCAAGGACAAUUGUGCCAAAAAGACUAGUUGUGCGGACUCUUGCUGCUCGGAAAAGCGACCGGUCAGCUCUCAGGGCUCUUGCGCCGAUGGCUGCUGCUCCUCUGCUGCGCCUGAUCACGGGUUGGAGGUUGAGAAGGCCCCGAUUCAGGCUAUCACCGACAUAGAGAACCAGGGUACCGGCAAGGAGCAUGUUGUUCUCAGCAUUUCCGGCAUGACUUGUACUGGCUGCGAGACAAAGCUCAAUCGAACUCUCGCUACAGUUCCCGCUGUCAAAGACCUGAAGACGAGCCUGGUUCUCUCACGAGCUGAGUUCAACAUCGACCUUCGCCUCGGCUCGGUGGAAGAAGUCGUGAAACAUCUGGAGCGAACGACCGAAUUCAAGUGCGAAAGAGUUCAGAACCAGGGAUCUAGCCUGGAUCUUAUCGUCCCCGAUGAGCCCUCGAAAUUCAUGAGUCAGACAUGGCCGGAAGGUGUCAUUGAUAUGGCGCUUGUGGACAAGCAGACCGUACGAGUUGCGUUUGAUUCGAAGAUUGUGGGAGCCCGAGACCUCGCCGAGAAGAUCUGGGGUCCGCCAAUUGAACUUGCUCCGCCUCGUGGUGAUCCUUCGCUGGAGGCUGGGAGCAAGCAUGUCCGUCAUGUUGGAUACAUGACGCUUCUCUCCGCUGUCUUGACGAUUCCUGUUCUUGUCAUGGCAUGGGCUCCUCUUCCCGAGCGGGAGUUGGCCUAUUCCUCGGCUUCACUCGCGUUGGCAACCAUCGUUCAAUUUGUUAUCGCAGGACCUUUCUACCCUAAGGCUCUGAAGGCGCUUGUUUUCUCCAGAGUUAUCGAGAUGGACCUCUUGAUCGUCUUGAGCACCAGUGCUGCCUACAUCUUCUCUGUGGUCUCUUUUGGGUACUUCAGAGCUGUUGAGUCCAUUUCUAUCCGGUCACUCCAGGUAUCGACAGCCAUCCUUGUCGACGAAGAAAGUGGAAGGGAACGUGAGAUCGACGCCCGACUUCUUCAAUAUGGCGACACAUUCAAGGUUCUUCCAGACACCAGGAUUCCGACCGAUGGCACCGUUGUCACCGGGUCUUCUGAGGUCGACGAGUCUAUGCUCACGGGUGAAUCCAGACCGGUGGAGAAGUAUCCCAAAUCGGUGGUGAUUGCUGGAUCUAUCAAUGGACCUGGAGUCAUGACUGUUCGGCUGAACCGUCUGCCUGGUGACAAUACCAUCCACGCCAUUGCUGCGAUGGUUGACGAGGCCAAGCUGUCGAAGCCCAAGUUACAGGACCUGGCAGAUCGGGUAGCAUCCUACUUUGUCCCCGUGGUGGUGGCAUUGACGAUCAUUACGUUUGUCAUCUGGGUCGCAGUGGGCAUGACUGUCCGUGGUUAUGGAGGAUCUGAAGCUACCAUUCAGGCCAUCACCUACGCCAUCACUGUUCUCAUCGUCUCUUGCCCAUGUGCAAUUGGAUUGGCUGUUCCGAUGGUCAUUGUGAUUGCUAGCGGAGUCGCGGCGGAACGGGGUAUCAUCUUCAAGUCCGCGGACGCUAUUGAAGUCGCCCAUAAGACUUCGCACGUCGUGUUUGACAAGACGGGAACUUUGACUCGAGGAAAGCUCUCCGUUGUUGGAAACGAGUGCGUCGACGAGGACAAACUUCCACUUCUUCUGGGUCUGGUUGAAAACAGUCGACACCCGGUUUCGGUUGCUGUAGCUGCCCACCUCAAGGACAUCGGAAUCAUGACUUGGACUGUUCCUGAGCCGAAGAGUUUGACUGGUAAAGGUGUCGAAACCACCCUGGGCGGUCAGAAACUUCGAGCUGGCAACUCUCGCUGGCUGAAUCUGUCGGACCAUGAACUCGUCCAGCCGAUGCUUGUUCAAGGCUGCACUGUGUUCUGCUUUACGAUCGACAAUGAGCUGAAGGCGGUCUAUGGACUUGAGGACGAACUUCGACCUGAUGCUGCGGAAACGGUUGAAACCUUGCAGAAGCGUGGUGUCUCGGUACAUGUGGUUUCUGGCGACGAUGACGGAGCCGUUCGGACCUUGGCAUCCAAGCUUAGCAUUCCUGGUGACAAUGUGCGCUCUCGAAGCUCGCCUGCCGACAAGAAGGAUUACAUCCAGACUCUCCUCGGUACUGCCACAGAUCGCAAGAAGCCGGUUGUCGUUUUCUGCGGCGACGGCACGAACGAUGCCGUUGCUCUCGCGCAGGCUACUAUCGGCGUCCAUAUGAACGAAGGCACAGAUGUUGCGCAAUCCGCUGCGGAUGUUGUUCUCAUGCGUCCUUCCCUGGCUGGUAUUCUGACCAUGAUGAACGCGAGUCGGAAAUCCGUCACCCGCAUCAAGUUCAACUUUGGGUGGAGUUUCGUGUACAACACCUUCGCAGUUCUUCUUGCUGCCGGUGCCUUUGUCAACGCGAGGAUUCCUCCAGAGUUUGCGGGACUGGGAGAGUUGGUGAGCGUGCUGCCAGUCAUUGCUGCCGCGGUGCUUCUGCGCUGGUCGAAGAUCUAGACUCAGAGCGCCAUCAUUGCACGAGUGACGACGGCUGAAGUUCCACAAACUCUGCUUGAUGUCCGACUGGAAUCGUUGUCACCAAAGACGGGAUGCAACAGCUCCCAUCGUGGUCGAAUUUUGAAUCGCAUCGCAGAAUGCUGCAGUCCUGUGGCUAUCGAUCGUUCCAUGGCUUGCUUCAGUAUCAGAGAAGGCUCCUUUUAGGCAGUCUUGACACCAAACCAUAUCGUUCUACACAUGUCCUAUCCUAUAGGACGUACUCUUAAACAACCACGACUCCUCGAUAGAUUGAGUUGCAGAGGGGAUUCUGUGAAGGGGCUCACAGUUUCUCAUCUUGGCUUCAUUCUCAUCGUUGAAGAAGUUUUUAUACAACUAUCUAUAGCUGCCUUUCAUGAUUGGUUUGGAAUCUCUGGCAAAAUUUCCAGCUAAGAUCCAGACAUUAAAUAUUACACUCGCUUACAGGCGAAGCUUUUGAUACA